AUGGCUCAAGCCGCUGCUGAACAGCGUACUCUCCCCGACAAUGGCUCCGUUAUUGCUGAAUCACCUACUGAUCCUUUCUCCUCCUCCUCCGAUGAAGAGAUAGUCGAUAGCCUGCUAGACAAUAACAUCGUACCACCCUCGCAUCCAUCCCGAACUUUAGUAUUGUGUUUCGACGGUACUGGUGACCAGUUUGACGCUGAUAAUUCCAACAUCAUCCAAUUCUUCACGGCACUCAAGAAGGACGAUAGAUCAAAGCAGAUGGUGUACUAUCAAGCGGGUAUUGGAACUUAUACCAGUCCGGAAGUGGCCACUCCUCUAAUGGCUAAAUUCUCCAAGGCCAUGGAUGAAGCAAUCGCAUGGAAUUUGCACGCUCAUGUCAUGGGCGGAUACGAAUUUCUCAUGCAGAAUUACACUGCAGGUGAUCGUAUCUGUAUCUUUGGGUUUUCACGCGGUGCUUACACGGCACGGAGUUUGGCGGGCAUGAUUCACAAGGUCGGAAUUCUUCCAGCAUAUAACAAUCAGCAGGUCCCUUUCGCAUACAAAAUGUAUACUCGUGAAGAUGAGCUUGGCUGGAAACAAUCGAACGCGUUCAAACAAGCAUUCUCAAUCAAUGCUGACAUCGAAUUUGUUGGAGUUUGGGAUACGGUCAACUCAGUUGGAAUCAUACCAAAGCGGCUGCCCUUUACUUCUUCCAAUACAAUUGUCAGAACAUUCAGACAUGCAGUUUCGUUAGACGAGCGGCGUGCAAAGUUUAAGGCAAAUUUAUGGAAUCGGCCCAACGCUCACGAGGAGACCUUAGGGAUUACUUCGGCAAAGGUACACCACCCUAAGAAGAAAGUCAGUCACAAAGUCAGUCACAAACACAGCCUACGUGAAAUGGAGGCAGAAUACGACAAAGAUCAUUCCAAACCCACCGAUGUGGACGAGGUGUGGUUUGCUGGUUGUCAUUGCGAUGUCGGGGGCGGGUCAGUGUCAAAUGACACUACCAUCAAUCUAGCGCGUAUUCCGCUACGCUGGAUGAUACGGGAAUGCUUCAAAACAAAGACCGGUAUUAUGUUCGAUCGCGAUGGUCUCCGUGGUCUUGGGCUUGAUCCAGACGCGUUGUAUCCCGAUGUUCUUCCUCGUCCUCCGCCCCUCCCUGUAGGUAACGCCCGCAUUCAGGAUAUUCCGACAAAAGGUUCGGUCUCCCAAAUUGAGAAGGACUCCGCUCUGAAAAAUUUCUCAGGCGGGUCGUCUGAAGUGUCGGGAGCGCUAGUUCAGACCGAGGAAGAGUUGGAACUCAAGGAUGCCCUAUCUCCCAUUUAUGACCAGCUUAGUCUCGCAUGGUUCUGGUGGAUUUUGGAGAUCUUCCCCAUUAAGCAGCGUUUUCAACGAGGAGAUAACUCCUGGGCUUCAUACUUUGGAUGGAACUUGGGACGAGGAAGAAUUGUUCCGAAGCAAAAGAAGCAAGGAGUCAGAGUUCAUCGUAGUGUGAAGAUGAGGCUGGAGUCCCAACACACAGAUGGAAGCAAAUAUAAACCAAAAGCUAAUAUCGACUUCCAAUAUGCCACCUGGGUAGAUUGA